AACCCGGUGAGAGCUCAGCAAGGACCGAGACAGACACAGAGAGCGGCAUGGCGGAUUCCUCAGAAUCAUUCACUAUUGCCACAAGUCCCAGAGCUGGGUCAAGACGUGGAGAUGCCUUGACUUCCAGUCCUGGGAGAGAUCUUCCGCCUUUUGAAGAUGAAUCUGAAGGUAUCUUGGGGGAUGAGGGUCUCCCAGUAGAUGAAGAGGAAGAUGGAGAGGAACUGAUUGGGGAUGGCAUGGAAAGGGAUUACCGUCCCAUCACUGAGCUGGAUGUUUAUGAGGCAGAAGGUUUGGAUGAUGAAGACGUGGAAGAACUGACAGCCAGUCAGAGGGACGCAGCUGAGCAAUCAAUGAGAAUGCGUGACCGGGAGUCGGGACGUGAUUUAGGACGUAUGCGAAGAGGGCUUCUCUAUGACAGCGAUGAUGAAGAAGAUGAUCGUCCUGCUCGAAAGCGCAGAAUGGCAGAGCGUGCUGCAGAGGGAGCACCAGAUGAAGAUGAGGAGAUGAUAGAAAGCAUUGAAAACCUUGAGGACAUGAAAGGUCAUUCAGUGAGAGAAUGGGUGUCCAUGGUUGCCACCCGGCUGGAAAUUUAUCAUCGCUUCAAGAACUUCCUGAGGACCCAUGUGGAUGAACAUGGGCACAAUGUAUUCAAAGAGAAGAUCAGUGACAUGUGCAAAGAGAACAAGGAGAGCUUGGUGGUAAAUUACGAGGAUUUGGCGGCCAGAGAACAUGUCCUAGCCUAUUUCUUGCCAGAAGCCCCAGCAGAAAUGCUUAAGAUAUUCGAUGAGGCAGCAAAAGAAGUUGUGCUCGUCAUGUACCCGAAGUACGACCGUAUUGCCAAGGAGAUACAUGUCCGUAUAUCCCAUCUUCCACUAGUGGAGGAGCUAAGAUCUCUGAGGCAGCUGCAUUUGAACCAGCUAAUUCGUACGAGUGGAGUAGUCACCUGCUGUACUGGGGUCCUGCCACAGCUCAGUAUGGUGAAGUACAAUUGUAACAAGUGCAACUUCAUCCUCGGACCAUUCUCCCAGUCUCAGAACCAGGAAGUGAAGCCAGGAUCCUGUCCUGAAUGCCAAUCUUUUGGGCCUUUUGAAAUAAACAUGGAAGAGACUGUCUACCAGAACUACCAGCGCAUAACAAUUCAGGAGAGCCCUGGUAAGGUCGCAGCUGGUCGAUUGCCUCGUUCCAAAGAUUCCAUCCUGCUAGCAGAUUUAGUAGAUAGCUGCAAACCAGGGGAUGAGAUUGAACUGACUGGUAUUUAUCAUAACAACUACGAUGGAUCUCUGAACACAGCCAGUGGUUUUCCUGUUUUUGCAACUGUUAUUCUUGCUAAUCACAUCACCAAGAAAGAUGACAAAGUAGCUGUUGGAGAGCUCACAGAUGAAGAUGUAAAGGCUAUUGUGGCACUCUCCAAAGAUGAACGGAUUGGUGAGAGGAUCUUUGCAAGCAUUUCCCCAUCCAUCUAUGGGCAUGAAGAUAUCAAGAGAGGGCUGGCCCUUGCUCUAUUUGGAGGAGAACCAAAGAACCCAGGUGGAAAACACAAGGUCCGUGGUGACAUCAACGUACUCCUUUGCGGUGACCCUGGAACUGCCAAAUCCCAGUUUCUUAAGUACAUUGAAAAAGUCUCCAGCAGAGCAGUAUUCACCACUGGCCAGGGAGCAUCUGCUGUGGGUCUGACUGCUUACGUUCAGCGCCACCCAGUGACCAGGGAGUGGACUCUGGAAGCAGGAGCUCUUGUUCUGGCAGACAGAGGAGUGUGCUUGAUCGAUGAGUUUGACAAGAUGAAUGAUCAGGACAGAACCAGUAUCCAUGAAGCUAUGGAACAACAGAGUAUCUCCAUCUCCAAGGCUGGCAUUGUCACUUCCCUACAGGCACGAUGCACUAUAAUAGCUGCUGCCAAUCCCAUUGGUGGUCGUUACGAUCCUUCCUUAACCUUUUCUGAGAAUGUAGACCUGACUGAGCCCAUUGUAUCUCGAUUUGAUGUUCUUUGUGUAGUGAGAGACACCGUGGAUCCUGUUCAGGAUGAAAUGCUUGCACGUUUUGUGGUGGGAAGCCACAUCAAGCAUCACCCAAGCAACAAGGAUAUGGUAGAUUCAGAUAAAUUUGUAUUGCCCAAUACAUUUGGGGUAGACCCUUUGCCCCAGGAAGUGCUGAAGAAAUAUCUAAUUUAUUCAAAAGAAAAGAUUCACCCUAAACUAAACCAGAUGGACCAAGAUAAAGUGGCACGAAUGUAUAGUGAUCUCCGAAAGGAAUCUAUGGCCACUGGUAGCAUUCCUAUCACUGUUCGACACAUAGAGUCAAUGAUCCGUAUGGCAGAAGCUCAUGCCCGCAUGCACUUGCGGGAUUAUGUUGUUGAGGAUGAUGUAAACAUGGCCAUAAGGGUGAUGCUUGAGAGCUUCAUUGAUACACAAAAAUUCAGCGUCAUGAGGAGCAUGAGAAAGACCUUCGCUCGUUACCUGGCAUUCAGGCGAGACAACAAUGAACUUCUCCUGUUUAUUCUGAAACAAUUGGUGGCUGAGCAAGUGACUUACCAGAGGAACAGAUAUGGGGCCCAGCAAGACAGUUUAGAAGUCUCAGAAAAGGACCUAGUAGACAAAGCUCGUCAGAUUAACAUUCACAAUCUCUCAGCAUUUUAUGACAGCGAGUUGUUCAAAAUGAACAGGUUCACGCAUGAUGCAAAGAAAAAAUUAAUUAUCCAGCAAUUCUAAGUUUGGACUUUUCGGCUUCAUUUGUGGAUGUUUUGCGUCUCGCUGAUAUUCGAUUCUUUAGGCAUUCAAUUGCCACAACUGACAGACUUGAGUAAAAGCUAUGGCUGUGUAAAGUUAAACCUGGCUUUAUUCAUUGGAUUGGAGAGAGUCCCUUUAUCCGAACAGAUAUUGGAAUUGCAAUGUCCUAUUGAUGACUGUUCAGACAUAUUCAGCAAACUCCUCUGCACUGUUCUUGAGAGGAAAUAGUUUCAUUUUCUCAAUUUGUACAGCUUUGUUCAUCCCACUUUGCUACAAUGGUUUUGAAAAGUGUUAAACUUUUUGACAUUUAUGACUGUUACUGCUGAAUAUGUAGAAAUUAUUUCCUGAAACAAAGUGCCAGCCAUAAUUUAAACACUUAAAUCAGACUCGUUGACAUUGUGCUUUUUGGUAUUGGUUUAAUAUUGCAUAAUAUGUAAAAUAAAGAGCCAAUAUGUCUUGCUUAAAACGAAUUGUGCAUCUUGUAUAUCUCAGUAUGACGUUUGUGAUCUAAUGUAAAAUUUUCUUUUUAUAUUAAAAUACAAGCAGUGGAGGGCGGGGCCUGACCGCCGACGGGAUCAGACGUGCUCUGUCUGAGC